AUGGAUGGGAAGGUUAAUGUCCGCGGCAGUGCUGGGUAUUCUGAUGCAGACUAUAAGUUUUGGAGCUACGCUAACAAUGUGGUGCAAGGAAUUGAGGAUGUUGAUUUGUAUAGGGAAGCUAUCUCAGUUGGUGACGAUGAUGACCCAGCAGUGUUGGCUUGUUUCUAUUUGAAGGAUUGCUCUACUGUGGUGAUUGAUGUUGAGAAUGUCAGGAAGAAGACGAUGAAUGGAGUAAUGGUGUGUUCUUCUAUACCAAAGACUUGGGAUGAUAAUAUUGAUGUUAUCUAA